AGAUGGGCAGAGAGAGACAUGCAAGCUUUUAAAAACACUGGAGGAGACACCAUGCCUCACUUUGCAAACACUCUUUUAAGAAACAUCAUUACCAGAAAUUCAUUUGAUAACAUCAGGAGGAAGCAAUGUCUCCAAUACUUGAAAACCCUGAGAACGCUGCAGUAUGAUGGAUUUAAGACCGUAUAUUUUGGAGAAACCGAUAUCACUGAAAGUCUUGUAACUGGGGAAGACCUAAGUGAUGGGUAUUUCGUGCAAACUCCAACAUGGUGUAUUGUGCAUGCUGGUGGUAGACACGGAUGGGUGCCUUGGAAGUAUCAGAUGUUCCUAAGAGAUGAGUUAUGCAUCAAACAGGAAGAUAGCCUCUUCUUUGAGUUCUGUGAUGUGGUGAAGAAGACCUAUGGGAAGUGUGCCAUUGUGGUCAAAGAGAGAAGGCAGCAGGACAAGAUGAGGCCAAAAGAAGAUGAAGAGCCAGAGGUCCAGGUCCAUGCUCCAUCUGUCAUUAACUUAACGAGCAUUGUGUGUUGCCCUGAGGUGGCCAAGUCCUGUGGCCAUGAACUACUCUCUCUGCCUUCCCCUUACAAUUACCUAAACCCUUUAGACUCAGCCUGGUCUUCUCUGAAAUGGUUUAUCAUCAAUGACAGAAAGGAGUUUUGUUUUCACUACAUUGACAGUGUCUAUUCUUACCAGUAUAUACUUCUCAGCGAUUUAAUUAGCAAAGGGAUUGAAAGGAUAAACCUAACCAAAUGGAAAAUAAUAACCAACAAAGUACGGAGAUGGGAAAACUACUAUCUUGGUAAAUUUUCUUAAGGGUGAUUCCUCUCACAAGCGGUUGGAACCAUGCUAUGGGCAUAGUCUUUGCCAACUCUGCGGGGCUCGACUCUGGACCACGGCAGCCCAAGAUGCUCCAACAGCAACCUCACAGAGAUGCUGUGAGGACUGAGGUUUCUAAGGCUGUUGGCAAAGUGCUUUAGGUUUACCGGAGGUUCCAUUAAAGCUUGU